UCGGUUCAUUGUUUGUAUGUAACUUAGCGUAGAUAAAAAGGUGAGUAGGGACAAUGUUGGGAGUAUUUAGCAGCUCGAUAGUAUCGCCGCCGGACGAGCUGGUGGCGGCCGGAAGCAGGACGCCGUCGCCUAAAGUGACGGCGGAUAAGCUGGUUGGGCGCUUCCUCGAGGCGUAUUCAUCUGCGGUUUCUGUGAAGGUCGGCGAUGAUGUUCAGCUGGCGUACACUCACCAUAAGGAGUCGCCGUUGAUGCCGAGAUCGUUUGCGGUUAAGGAUGAAAUAUUCUGCUUGUUCGAAGGGGCGCUCGACAACUUGGGGAGCCUAAGGCAGCAAUACGGGCUUGCGAAAUCGGCAAACGAGGUGCUUUUAAUGAUUGAAGCCUACAAGACACUUCGCGACCGGGCACCAUAUCCGCCGAACCAUGUUGUGGGGCACUUAGAAGGAAACUUUGCCUUCAUUGUGUUCGACAAGACCACGUCUAAUUUAUUUGUGGCCACCGACCAAUACGCAAAGGUUCCGCUCUACUGGGGCAUCACUGCCGAUGGAUACGUGGCAUUUGCUAACGACGCGGACUUGCUUAAGGGUGCUUGUGGGAAGUCACUUGCAUCUUUCCCACAGGGGUGCUUCUACUCGACCACAUCGGGAGAACUGAGAAGCUAUGAGAACCCGAAAAGUAAGAUCACAGCAGUUCCUGCUCGAGAGGAAGAAAUUUGGGGAGCCAAAUUCAUGGUGGAAGGAGCAAGCAUGAUGGCAGCCUCCAAAUAGAUAUAUGCUGGUGAUCUCUCUCGUCCAUAUUAUAUAUAUAUAUAUAUAUAUUGUAAGGAAGCGAAGCAGGGGAGAAGGUGAUCCAGAGGGGUGGGGUGAAGACAGAAUGGAGAGGAGCCAUGUAAAAGGGUUGUAUAUCUAUCUAUCAAUAUCUAUCUAGUCUUGUAGAUAAUAUUGUCCCAUUUUAGUCUCUUUGUAAUAAUUACAAUAAUAAUAAAUGUAUUGGACUUGGAGGUGUUUGUGCU